AUGAAAACAGUGAGAUUGGUAGGUGCUAACAGUGGCUGUGCUGGUCGAGUGGAGGUUCUUCAUGAUGGAGUCCGGCUGGUUGGAGGAUCUCGCUGUUCUGGCAGAGUAGAAGUGCCUCAUGAUCAGACGUGGAUGUCAGUGUGUGACGCUGUCUUUGACCAGCAGGAUGCAGAGGUUGUGUGUAGAGAGCUGGACUGUGGGGCUCCUGUACAGGUGCUGGGAGCAGCUGCUUUUGACAAAGGAGAUGCUCAGAUGUGGACACAAGAGAUCCAGUGCAGAGGAAAUGAAUCCUAUAUAUCUUUGUGUCCAACAUCAUCUUCUCUCAAACCAAAUUGCACGCAUGAGAAUGCCAUUGGACUGUUAUGUUCUGGUUACACUGAUCUCAGAAUGGUAAACGGUCCUGACGUCUGUUCUGGUCGAAUCGAACGUCAGUACUCCAGUAAAUGGGGCACAGUGUGUGAUGCAUGCUGGGAUAUGAGAGCUGCCAGUGUCCUCUGUAGACAGCUGAAUUGUGGGAUUGCUGUGACUGUCGUGGGAUCAGACUGGUUUGGAGAGGGAAGUGGUGAACUGGUGGGUUCUGGGGGAGACUGUGCAGGGAGGCUGGAGGUUUUUCACAGCGGCUCAUGGGGAACAGUGUGUGAUGACUCCUGGGAUAUUAAAGAUGCUCAUGUGGUGUGCAGACAACUGCAGUGUGGAGUGGCCCUCAGUAACCAGCCGGUACCAGCCUGGUUUGGUCCUGGUUCUGGACACAUAUGGAUGGAUGAGGUGGAGUGUGAGGGGAAUGAGACGUCCCUGUGGAGCUGCUCUUCUCCAGGCUGGGGAAAACAUGACUGUCAACACAAGGAGGAUGUAGGAGUCGUGUGCUCAGAGUUUAAAGAGAUCAGGUUAAGUAAGGGCUGUGAAGGGAAUCUGGAGGUUUUCUACAAUGGAUCCUGGGGUAAUGUGUGCUGGAACCAGAUGGACAGAGACACAGUGAGUCUGAUCUGUCAAGAGCUGAACUGUGGAAGAUCUGGUGUUUUGUCUGAGUCUGCAGCAAGAGUGGAAUCAGCUCCUAACUGGCUGGAUAAAGUUACAUGUCGACCAUAUGAUUUAACUUUAUGGCAAUGUCCAUCUUCACCCUGGGGACAGAAUUACUGUGGUGAAGAUGAAGUCGCCAAAAUCACCUGUUCAGAGGAGGAAACUAGUGAUUCGCCUCAGAGUCGUCAGACAUGUUUUACCUCACCGUCUCCUUACCAGAGACAGUGUGCAAAAAAUAAUCAGUUUUAA